UUAGCAGUCGUUAUUUACCCAUUAGUUAAACGAAAUUGUUUAUAAGAUUCAAAUAAUCUCUUGAAUAUGAGUUAAUCAAUUUGUAGUUGGUUACCAAUUCAACUCAGGUUUUUUUUAUCCAGUUUUUACAUUCGUUCUUUUACUUACUGUAUAGUCUAUUCAAUUUGCAAUCAUUAAUACAAAUUAAAAAAAAUGAGGUUCUCUAUUUUAACUGCCUGCUUAUGGGUGGUGACAUUAAUAUCAGCAAGUCCUUUACCAGCUCCAGUUGCUGUUAGACAAGUUUCAGAAGAAUUUGAGGUUGAUAUUCAUCAAAGAGAUUUGUUAUCUACUAUAUUAAAUAUUGGUGAAUCAUUACUUGAGGAUAUAAACUUCAAUGGAAUUGCUGGUUGGGUUAAUAAUAUCUUGACUGAAAAUGAUCAUGUUAAAUAUCUUGAUGAUCUUUUAAUUGGUGUCAAAGAUACUGGGUUAGUUCCUGACCUUGCUGUAUUUAUUAUCUCCAAUAAUUUUACUAGACAUAUUGCUGGUGAAAUAAUUGUUGAUACACUUAAAGUAGGACAAAAUCUUAACCUUACAGAUUUGUGGAUUGCAUUAGAUCAAUCGGAUUUAGCUUAUGAUCUUAUUGCUUCAACUUUGGAAGAUCCUGCUACUUUCCCUUCAGUUUUGGCUAUCAUAAAGAAACUCAUUGCUUCUGGUCAAAUUUCCCUUAGUGAAAUCCUUGAUGGUCUUCCAAAUAUUGUUGGCGGUCUUCUUGGAGGAAGUGGAAGUUCACCUGCAACAACAACUGCUAUCGCAUCUUAUGGUAACUCUACUUUUGGUACACCAACAGCUGCUCCUACAUCUUCUUCAACUACCACCGGGUCUAGUGGAGGAAUCUUAGGAUGGGUUGGUGGUCUUUUUGGAGAUAUCUUUGGCAGUGGUUCAAAGACAACAGCUACUUCUGCUACAGCCACUGCAACAGCAACAGGAUCAUAUGCUACAGCAACCGCAGCCACUACCACUAAAUCUAGUGGAGGUAUCUUAGGAUGGGUUGGUGGAAUCGUUGAUGAUAUCUUUGGUGGUGGAAAGACCAGUACAAGUGCUGCUGCCACUGCUGCUGCCACUGCUACCGCAACUGGUUUGUCCCCUACAACUACCGCAGCUGCCACUACCACCAAGUCAAGUGGAGGAAUCUUAGGAUGGGUUGGUGGUAUCGUAGGAGAUAUUUUUGGAGGCUCCAAGACCACCACUACUCCUUCUGCUACUGCUUCUCCUUCUUCUUCUUAUGUCCCAGCUUUGACUACUGGUCAAGAUGCAGCAUCAACAUCCGUCAACCUUGACCAAUUACUUUCAGCCAUUAGCGGAGACGGUUCUGCUGUUAAUACAGCUGCUGCUACAGGUAAUCUUCAAGGCGUCCUUCCUUCUACUGCCACAGAUUCUCCAGCUGCUAAUGCAUUAGGUGCUAAGAGACAAUACACCGAUGAAGAAUUGGAUGACUUAAUUAAGAGAGAACUUGUUAAGAGAGACAAUAUUGAAGCUUUGCUUCAAACUAUCUUUGAAUCUGUUGACAGAUCGGGAUUACUUAAUGCAACUAUCCACACCUUAUUAACUAACGAAAACUUUCAAGAUGCUACUGUUAUUUUAUUGAAUGGAUUUUUCAAAGAUUUACUUCAUGGAGAUGUUACUAUUCAAAUUGCUCCAUUACUUCCAACAUUAAAAACUUUAAUUGCUUCUGGAUUAAUUCAACAUGUUCUUGAAAAGGCACUUGCUGAUUCAACCUUAAAAUCUGCAAUUAUUAGCGAUAUUCAAAGUUUAUUCACUAGUGGAAAUGCCAAAAUAGUGGAUAUUUUACCUGAUCAUAUCAAACAGGCAGUAUUUGAAGAUGGUUCAUCAUCAGUUGAUGCUGGUCAAAUCUUCAGCUUAAUUGAAGAUGGAGUAACAGGAGCUUGGGGUGCUCUUGAAACAUUAUUAGCUACUAAAACUGGUGAAAUAUCAUCAGCAUUAGCAGAAAUUAAAACAGGUGAAUUAUCAGCAGCAUUCGCAGCACUUGAAACAGGUGAAUUAUCAUCAGUAUUAGCAGCAAUUGAAACUUCAUCACCAGAAGCUUCUACUUUAAGUCUGACUACAGUUGGUAUAUCAUCAUCUUCAUCAUCAAGUAAUACAGCCACUAGUUCGGGACUGUCUAAUGGCUCAGGUUCUAUAAAAUCUACAGAUUCAUUAUUAUUACAGUUCAUUAUGGCAGCCGGUUUUUCUGCUAUGAUAUUUAUUUAAUACUAGAUACCUUUAUUCUUAUUCUUCACGUUACCCCCCUUCCCCCAAUAAAAAUCGAAACUCUUUUCGAUACUUUCUGUAUAUUUAAUUUUAGCUUUAGUUUAGU